UUGCGGCGUCUCAGCAGACUACAAAUAUGAUAGAGGAAGGUCCUUCAACAUCUGCAGCAAAUCAAAAUCCUCAUGUUGGUAAUGUGCAGAACUCUUCUUAUGCCAGCAAUACAACUGCUGCUAUUGACAGAGAUGUCGAAUAUGUGAGUAUUUAUAAAUCCUAUGGUUUAACGUUUUACAUGUACCGUUUGAAUUAG